UCCGUGGCGCGGCCAGAGGCCACUUCGUUCCUCCCGCAGGAGCGCAAACCCUGCUCCCUCUCUCUCCGGCGAAAGGAAGGAAGCCCUCUCCAGCGCCGCGGGGAAGAGCGCUCAGGCUGCAGGCGCCGCGGCGGCCCUCGGAGUUCCCUGCGUCCCCGCUCCACUCGGGUCCCAGGAGUUUCUCUCCGAGCAGGAGUAGCCCUCCUGUUGGACCCCCUGCCCUUCUUCCCGCGGCAGUGGAAGAGGCGUGCCCACCCGGGACCGGGCGCGAUGAAGCGGCGAGAGGAGGGCUGAGCGCAGAGCGGCGCAGCCAGGGUCCCUUGGCUGGCGCCCGCGCCCGGCUCCCUGGGGUGGGGCAGGGUGGGGGUGGGCCGAGGCGUGGACUGGAGAAGACUCUCGGCGACGGGAAUAAAAGGGCGUCGGCUCGCCCUGCCGCGCUGGGAAGCGGUGUCACCUCGCCCCCAGCCCCAGGAAGGGCAUGGCUCUGGCGGACUCCAGGCGCUGACUCCCGCGCCCCGGCCCCGUGCACACUCAGGGCGCACGGCUCUGGCGAGUGGCGGCCUCCGAAGGACAGGACUUGCGAAGCUGCGACCCACGCCGAGGCCCGGUUCUAACAUGUGCUGAAGCCGAGGAGAGGCUCCCCGCCCACCCGCGCAUCUCCUUGUGUGUGUGCCCCUCCCCCACGCAGGUUUCCCGGGACCACGCACCCCCGACAAGAUGCCACCGUGGGCGCCCUGGCGAGCACUGUCCAUGGUGCUGAUUGUGGCCUGGGCGCGGCCUCCCGCCGCGCGCGCCUGCCCGCGCCCGUGCGCCUGCUACGUGCCCAGCGAGGUGCACUGCACGUUCCGCUCCUUGGCGUCGGUGCCCGCCGGCAUCUCUCCGCAGGUGGAAAGAAUCAACCUCGGGUUCAACAGCAUCCAGGCUUUGCCAGAAGCCUCCUUCGUGGGACUCACCAAGCUGGAGCUGCUGAUGCUGCACGGGAACAACAUCCCGAGUAUUCCCGACGGUGCCUUGCGAGACCUCGGCUCCCUCCAGGUUUUCAAGUUCAGCUACAACAAGCUGCGUGUGAUCACCGCUCAGACCCUGCAGGGGCUGCACAGCUUGGUGCGGCUUCAUGUGGAUCACAACGAGCUUGAGUUCAUCCACCCGCGGGCCUUCCAGGGCUUGACGGCUCUCCGGCUGCUGCACCUGGAGGGCAACCUCCUGCAGCAGCUGCACCCUGGGACCUUCUCCACCUUCUCCUUCCUGGGCCACUUCCUCCUCUCCAGCCUCCGGCACCUGUACUUGGCGGAGAACCACAUCCGCAGCCUCCCGGACGGGAUGCUGCAGAACAUGCCGCUGCUGGAGAACCUCUACCUGCAGGGGAACCCCUGGGCCUGCGACUGCAGCUUGCGGUGGCUGCUGCGGUGGGACGCCGAGGCCAAAGGGGUCCUGAAGUGCAAGAAGGACAAAGCGUACGAAGGCGGCCAGUUGUGCGCUAGGUGUUCCAGCCCCGAGAAGCUACACAGACAAGAGCUCCAGAAGCUGGGAGACGUGGCCUGUGUGAAGCCCUCCAUCCAGUCCCCGCUGAGACAUAAUGCCAGCAGCACCGGCGAGGGGGAGCAAGACCAGGACACGGAGGGGGACGGCCAGCUGUCCCUGGAGGCUCUGCAGUUCCCGCCGUGGAACGUCUCCUUGAACAUGACCGAUGAGCACGGGAACACCGUGAGCUUGGUGUGCGACAUCCGGAAGCCGAGGCACCUGUCCGAGCUUCACCUCAACCAAACGGACUCUCAGGAGAUAGACGUCAACGCGACCGUUGCCCUGGACUUUGAGUGUCCGAUGACUCGGGACAAGUACGAGAAGCUGUGGAAACUGAUCGCCUAUUACAGCGAGGUCCCUGUGAAACUGCACCGAGAAGUCACGGUCACCGAAGACCCCAGGGCCGCCGCCCGCUACCGACAAGACGCCAACGAGAAUGCCCUGUACUAUACGGGGGUCCGGGCCCACAUCCUUGCAGAACCCGCGUGGGUCACGCAGCCCUCCAUUCAGCUGCAACUCAACCGACGUCAGAGCACGGCCAAGAAAGUGCUGCUGUCCUACUACGCGCACUUCUCUUUAACCACGUCCGGCAAAGAGGCAGGGCAGGCUCGGGGCAGGAGCUGGGUCAUGAUCGAGCCCGCUGCCGCCGGCCAAGGAGCUCAGACCGUCUUGGAAGGGACUCCGUGCCAGCUGAGCUGCAAUGUCAAGGCCUCGGAGAGUCCGUCCAUCUUUUGGGUGCUGCCGGAUGGCUCUGUCCUCAGAGGGCCCAUGGAGGACCCGCACGGCAAGUUCUCCGUCCUCACCAGCGGCCGGCUGAGGAUCACGUUGACAGAGCAGUCAGACUCCGGUCUGUACCAGUGCAUUGCUCAGGUGAGGGACGAGAUGGACCGGGCGGUCUACCGGCUUCUCGUGGAGCCGCCUGCCACUCAGCCCUCGGGCAGACCCACCGUGACCAUUCAGAAGAACCCAGGGGAGUCCCUGACGCUGCCUUGCAAUGCCCUGGCAGUCCCCGAAGCCCAGGUGAGCUGGAUUCUUCCAGACAAAAGGAUGAUUCAUCAUGUGGCCAACGCAUCGCAGGUCUACCUGUCGCCCAACGGGACUCUGUCCAUCCCCAAGGUGCAAGUCAGUGACAGCGGCUUCUACCGAUGCGUGGCUGUCAACCAGCAGGGGUCUGACCGGUUCACGGUGGGGGUCACCGUGAGCAAGAGAGGAGCAGGCAAGUCGUCAAAGAGAGGCAGGCGCCCAGGCGGCAAGACUCUCCCGAGGCUCAGAGGAGACGUCGUGGAAGAUGAAGGGGGCUCGGGCAGGGGGGAGGAAGAGAGCCCUGCCAGGAGACUUCUGCACCCAAAGGACCAGGAGACCUUCCUCAAAACCAGGGAGGACGCACAGACCAAGAAAGGGCGGAGAAAGCUGAAACCCUGGAAGAAUUCUGAGAAGGAACCGGAGAGCAACGUCGCGGAAGGUCGCCGGGUGUUCGAGUCCCGGCGGAGGAUCAACAUGGCCAACAAGCAGAUUCACCCCGAGCACUGGGCAGACAUCCUCGCCCGAGUGCGUGGGAAAAACCUGCCUAAGGGGACCGAAGGGCCCGAGGCCGUGAAAAGCACCACGCCAUCGGCGAGUCUCCACGUCACCGCCGCCUCGCCCAUGAUUUCUCCUCCCUCGGUCUCCCCGGCGCAGACUGUAGCCGGUGCCGAAGAAUCCUCGGCAGACGCGUCUUUCUUUGGUGAGGAAGAGCAGAUUUCCAGUACCAUGUCCUCAAGCAGCACGAGACCGGAACGGGGCCAGACGGGCGUGUCCCUGGCCGCAGCCAAAGCGACAAGCCCAGACCUGGAAGAAUUCACCGACGACGAGUUUUCCUUGAAGCCCGAGGACCCGGUGUCGCCGGAAGCUGCGGCCACGACCCUGAUAUCCUUUGUGCCCUCCGAAUCUUCUCCUCCUCCGCACACCUGGGCUGAGAUCUCCGAAGAGCGUAGCGGAGAAAUCGCCCCCCCAGGAGACCGGUCCGCCACUGACAUUGCACCCGUGCCUGCGCCCAGGCCCCACGACGGCCAGACUCUUUUGGAGUCCGCCUUGCCGGCUGCGUCCGAGCCCAAGACAUCUGUUACCCCAGCACUGGAGAUGAACCCACGGCCAGGUGACGAUACGGUUACCACGCAGGAUUCCAGACGCGCUGCGCCAACCUCUGUGUCCUCACUGGGGGAGUCCCGGACGUCUGAGCCCGCUGCAGACUUCAUUCCAGGGGGGCCCAGUGUCCUGCCACGAGGUCAUCGACAAGAAGAAGCGGACACAGCCUCAGUUGCCAGAACCGGGUGGAGCACCCAAGGCCAGCCCGUGCGGAAAAAGGGCGCCGUGAAGGAUUCUCUGGUGCUCCAGAGGGGAGAGGUGGUGGAGGGGCACCCCCCGGGCUCUGGAGGACCCAACGGGAGGGGUCAGCGUGUGGGACCCACCACCCGGCUUCACUCCACGCUGGGGGGCAAGCCCAGCACAGCUGCCCUUGAGGGCCCCCGGGGGACCACACUCGGGUCUUUGUUGGACGAGGCCACCACCACCGUCACUGCCCCAAUGCCACCCCGGACGGCCACUCCACCACCAGCGCCCACCACCCACUCUCCUCGGAAAAGACCCAAUGGGCGGAGGAGGUUACGGCCCCACAAGUUCCGUCAGCGCCACAAACAGACCCCACCCGGGACUUCAGCGCCCACGGAGACCUUCUCUCCUCCACCAACCCAAGCGGCUGACGCAAAGACCCCCAAGCAAGUGGCCGCUUUGCUGGUUCCUGCAUCUGGGGUGGAGGCUACGGUUGGGCCCCCCACACAUGUGGAAGUGGGGACUCGCACAGAACACGUAACCAAGGGCAGCACACGAAGAAAACACGGGAAGAGGCCCAACAAGCAUCGGUAUAGCAUGUCUGCGGUGACCUCCACCGUGUUCGCGUCCAAGCCCGGCCGUACGUCAGAAAACCAGCCGGCCCACGCCAUGACCCCCAGUCCAGACACUUCACCUGUACCUACAACUGUUGCUCUGAGGACGGGGGCCCCCCGGGAGGUGACCAGAGUGGCAGAUUAUCUGACAACCCCCCUCGGGACACCCGCACCUCGUCUCGGGUUGGACCAGACCGUGCCAGCCACACAGCAGUCUGUAUCCGACGACAAAGAAGUGGAGGAUGACGGCGUCACCAACAUCGAUGACGAUGACACGGACGGUGUAGUCCCCACCGAGUCGGGCGUGAAUGUGGUAUCCCCUUCUGACUCCGCAGUCUUCACCAUGGGGGCGUUUAAGGACGCACCCCCACCUCCUGGCUCUCCCGGGCCUGGAGGCUGGAACCCCCCCAGCCCAGCCCCGCCUGGGGGGCCGCACACAGACACACGUGCCACCACCUCUUCGGAAAACCUGGUGGACUCGUCCCCUUUUUUGAAAGAGUCCGAGGACACGGACCAUCCCUCUGCAGUCACCCCUUCUGUGGCCGUCCCCGCAGUGUUUCACCGGGAAGAAGGGUUCCCUUCCACUGGUGUCUUGAGCACCAAAGCAGAGUCAUCCUCCCAGCGAAUGGCACAAGCCACCCAGAGUGGUCAGGAUUCUUAUGAAACCACCACAGCUCUUCCCGGUUCUGGGAAUCGAAUGGAAAAUCACCUCCGCCCUCCCGCCGCCCCAGGGGAAGAACCAGCGUCCCCACCGCCACCCACCGCUCUGGUGGCUGCGGCACAGACCACCACGGAACCGGCACCUCUCACGCCGACAGCAUCUCCAGUGUCAACGGACCCCAAGGGACAUGUUUUCUUCCAUCACGUGGGGAUCCCAGAAGCCGGAGCACCCCCAGGGAAAACCGAGGGGACAGAGCCUGCGUGGAGAACAAAUGAGUUACCCACCCCCUCUCCCAGGGGGGGUCACAUCGACAUAACUCCACAGCUGGGGUCAGGAAAGGAACCACGGGAUGGCAGGUUCAAAAACACCCUUCCACAGGGCCCGGAGCCUCACCACCAGGAUGGGAGUGUCCACCUGUUUCACCAACCGACCAGACUCCCCCCAAGAGGGACCGUGAGGCCACUUCCUAGGACCACACAGAGUCCCUUCCGACACAUGGUAACUCUGCAGUCCCCUCGUUACUCCACCAACAAACCGGGAAUCACAGCCUAUCCCUCGAGGGUUCUGCCGGCCAGUAAGCACCCGACGACCCCCAGAUUAUCGAGUCCCGCCCCUCCCGUGGGCCCGUGGCACCACUCCAGACCUAACGACUUGCCUGACCGAGGCGCUGCCCGGUUCAACAACAACCCCCAGGUGUUUGGAAGUAACAACCUGCCCGAUCUAAGACACCCGGUGGGCAAGCUCCCAAAUGCGAGGGUGCCCCAUUACUCCGACAGCAGGCUUCCCUUCCUUUUCAACAGGACUUUCUCUUCCCCACAGUUGGGAGGUACCGUCAGGCCCCCAACCCCAACCUCUCCUCCCCCAGCGACGGCAGAGAGAAGAGUCAACCCGAGCCCCUACGACAGGAUCCAUUCCCACGGCAUCAGCCACGUGGACUUCGGCCCUCCGGCACCUCCGUUGUGGCCUCGUCCCCGCACCAUGUCCCCACCCUCCACAAACACACAGGGCCUCCCUCGGGUCCACCCCACGCGGAGCUCCGUGCCCUUCGUGACGUCCGCAGGCCCUCCUUCCAGAAGCUUCCAUCAGAGCAGCUCAAAGCUCUUCUCUGCUGCGGGGCCACCUGCCUCCAAAUUCUGGACGCUGGGGGAAAAGCCCCAGAUUGUCACCAGAUCCCCUCAGACCGUGUCCGUGACGGCAGAGGCCGAUGUCAUGCUACCGUGCGAGGCAACCGGGAAACCCAAGCCUUCUGUCACCUGGACCAAGGUGUCUACAGGAGCUCUCAUGACCCCCAACACCAGAGUCCAGCGCUUCGAGGUGCUGCAGAACGGCACCUUCGUCAUCCGCAAGGUGCAGCCACAGGACCGGGGCCAGUACCUGUGCACGGCCAAAAACGUGCACGGCGCGGACAGGAUGCUGGUGCUGCUGUCCGUCACCGUACAGCAGCCCCAGAUCCUGGCCUCUCACUACCAGGACGUCACCGUCUACCUGGGGGACACCAUCGCCAUGGAGUGUCUGGCCAAGGGGACCCCGGCUCCCCAAAUCUCCUGGAUCUUCCCCGACAGGAGGGUGUGGCAGAACGUGUCGCCGGUGGAAGGCAGGGUCACCCUGCACGAGAACCGCACCCUGUCCAUCAAGGAGGCGUCCUUUGCAGACAGGGGCGUGUACAAGUGCGUGGCCAGCAACGCCGCGGGCGCGGACAGCCUGGCCAUCCGCCUGCACGUGGCGGCGCUGCCCCCGGUCAUCCAGCAGGAGAAGCUGGAGAACAUCUCCCUGCCGCCGGGGUUUAGCAUCCACAUCCACUGCAGCGCCAAGGCGGCGCCCCUGCCCAGCGUGCGCUGGGUGCUCUGGGACGGCACGCAGAUCCGCCCUUCCCAGUUCCUCCACGGGAACCUGUUCGUCUUCCCCAACGGGACGCUCUACAUCCGCAACCUGGCGCCCAAGGACAGCGGGCGCUACGAGUGCGUGGCGGCCAACCUGGUGGGCACGGCGCGCAGGACGGUGCAGCUGACCGUGCGGCGCGCCGCGGCCAACGCGCGCAUCACCGGCACCUCGCCGCAGAGGACCAACGUGCACUACGGCGGGACCCUGCGGCUGGACUGCAGCGCCUCCGGGGACCCCUGGCCCCGCAUCCUCUGGAGGCUGCCGUCCAAGAGAAUGAUUGACUCGCUGUUCAGCUUUGACACCAGAGUCACCGUGUUCGAGAAUGGGACCCUGGUGGUGAAGUCCGUCACCGACAGGGACGCGGGGGAUUACCUGUGCGUCGCCCGGAAUAAGGUCGGGGACGACUUUGUCCUGCUCAAGGUCAACGUGGUCAUGAAGCCCGCCAAGAUCGAGCACAAAGAGGAGAACGACCACAGGGUCUUCUACGGCGGGGACCUCAAGGUGGACUGCGUGGCCUCGGGGCUGCCCAACCCCGAGAUCUCCUGGAGCCUCCCGGACGGCCGCCUGGUCAGCUCCUUCAUGCAGUCGGACGACAGCGGUGGGCGCACCAAACGCUACGUGGUGUUCAACAACGGCACCCUCUACUUCAACGAGGUGGGCAUGCGUGAGGAAGGGGACUACACCUGCUUCGCGGAGAACCAGGUCGGCAAGGACGAGAAGACCGUGCGCGUCAAGGUGGUGACCGAGCCGGCCGCCAUCCAGAACAAGACGUACUCGGUGCUCCAUGUCCCCUACGGGGACGUGGUCACCGUGGCUUGCGAGGCGAAAGGGGAGCCCACGCCCAGGGUGACGUGGCUGUCUCCCACAAACAGGCUGAUCCCCACCUCCUCGGAGAAAUACCAGAUCUAUCAGGACGGGACCCUCCUCAUCCAGAAAGCCCAGCGCGCGGACAGCGGCAACUACACCUGCGUGGUCAGGAACAGCGGGGGCGAGGACAGGAAAAUCGUGUGGAUCCACGUCAACGUGCGGUCGCCCACGAUCAACGGGAACCCCAAUGCCAUCACCACGGUGCGGGAGAUAGCCGCCGGGGGCAGCCGCAAGCUCAUCGACUGCCAGGCGGAGGGCGUCCCCACCCCGAAAGUGCUGUGGGCUUUCCCGGAAGGCGUGGUCCUGCCGGCCCCCUACUACGGGAACCGGGUCACGAUCCACCGGAACGGCACGCUGGACAUCAAGCGCCUCCGGACGAGUGACUCUGUGCAGCUCACCUGCAUCGGGCGCAACGAGGGCGGGGAAGCGCGGCUGAUUGUGCAGCUCACCGUCCUGGAGCCCAUGGAGAGGCCCGUCUUCCACGACCCGGUCAAUGAGAAGAUCACCGCCAUGGCCGGGCACACCAUCAGUCUCAACUGCUCCGCCGCGGGCACCCCGGCGCCCUCUCUCACGUGGGUCCUCCCCAACGGGACAGAGCUGCAGAGCGGCCGGCAGCUGCUCCGGUUCUACCACAAGCGGGACGGCAUGCUACACAUCAGCGGCCUGUCCUCCGGAGACGCCGGGGCGUACCGCUGCGUGGCCCGGAACGCGGCGGGCCACACCGAGAGGCUGGUCUCCCUGAAGGUGGGGCUGAAGCCGGAGCUGAGCAAGCAGUACCACAACCUGGUCAGCAUCGUCAACGGCGAGACCCUGAAUCUGCAGUGCCUGUCCCCCGGAGGCGGGCCGGCCCGCUUCUCCUGGACGCUCCCCAACGGCGUGGUUUUGCAGGGGCCCCAAACCCGGGGGCGCUUCGCCCUGUGGGAGAACGGCACCCUGACCGUGCGGGAGGCGUCCGUGUUUGACAGGGGCACCUACGCGUGCAAGGCAGAGAGUGACCACGGCCCGUCUGUCAUGAACUUCCCGGUCAUCGUCAUCGCCUACCCUCCCAGGAUCACCAGCGAGCCCACGCCGGUCAUCUACACCCGGCCCGGCGGCACGGUGAAGAUGAACUGCAUGGCCAUGGGGGUCCCCAAGGCCGAGAUCACCUGGGAGCUCCCCGACAAGUCCCGCCUGACCGCCGGGAGGCAGGCGCGUGCCCACGGCCACCGGUCCCUGCACCCACAGGGCUCGCUGACCAUCCAGCAGGCCACCCAGAGAGACGCCGGCUUCUACAAGUGCACGGCCAAGAACAUCCUGGGCACUGAUACGAAAACCACAUACAUCCACGUCUACUGAAGCCCCUGCCCCUGUGUGUGGACCCCCCAGGCUUUGCUCAGCAGCUCGGAACAAAGCCGUGCUUGUAAGGAAGACCCUGGGGUGACAAGCAGAGCCGGAGCAAGGAGGUUGAGUUCAUGUUGACUCUGACCUGGGCUGCCGGGCAAGAGGAAGCAGCUCAGACAGGAAAGAAGGAGUCCCCGCUCAGUGGGGCUUCCCUUCCCGUUCACGGGACACCACGGGCUGUCUCCCAGGGUCUGGGAGUGAAAAACCACCACUCCUAGGCUGCAAAGGGCCCUCGGACAUGUUCACAAGCCCCUGCCUGGGGCCUUUCUAAGCGCUCGCUGAAGAAGGAAGCGUCCAGACAGACAGUGCCUUAUUCUACCACGUAGUUAACCCGCUUCGGUUUCACGACAGAACAUUCUAGAAUCACUACCCAUCUUUCAGUCCCGUCCUCUGUCACUUCCAAACUCCAGUUGGACCAAUAAGGGCGAAGAACCAGAGUGAUCCAAUUUUCUCUUUAAUGUACAAGUUUUCUGCAACACCGGUACCCUUUCAUAGGAAAGAACUCUUGCUCCCUGAAACUCCCCUUUUCUAUAAAUAUAUAUAUAUAUUUUUUGUCUUUCUGAUCAGACGAUGAGCAUAGAAAGAGAAACGCUUUCUGUCUCAUUAAACAUAAUAAAUUAUUGGUCUUUACAAGACUCGGGUACAUGAGAGCAAGUAUGGAAACUCAAUUAAAAAAGUCUUCUACGCCCAUUCUUCCAAUUCAGUCUUUGUUAUUAUUUGGCCUUUGCAGGAAACCCUGCUGGUGGCGGGGAGGUGGGGAUAUCGGAUUU